UGGUCCGGAGAGUUUUCGUUCACCCGAGGGCAAUUCGAUUGAGGAUCAAAAUGUGACAAAUCUGUCUCCCGAACAGCUCAAAUUGCUUUAUCAGGAUAUAAUCUGGAACUUGCAAAACUGGAUCUGCCACGACUCUUGAUUGCGUAGGAGUAGUUGUCACAACUUCAUGGCUUGUAAACUGUAAUGCCCGAAGGUGGAAGAUGGAGUUGGGAGGAGGAGAACAAGAGGAGAAAAAGGGAACAUGCUUUACCUCACCAACAUAGUUUGGCCAAAAUCUGGGAUACCAGUUGGAUGAUAUCUUUUGACUGAUUGAACCAUACAGGCCACAAAUAUAGUAGCAAAAAUCUUGAUAAUGAGAGCUUAAUAUCUUUUAAUGUUUUCCCUAGUACAUCUUGAGACCGGAGAGGAUUUGUUCAAGAUUUCAUUCUUUUAAUGGGUAAGAAAUAGAAAGAAAGAAAGAAGUGAAGUGUAGAAGCCCAACCAACAAGGGGCUAACUUAAGGAGGCAGACCCUCUGAAGAAAAAAAGAAAAAAACUGACUAACAAAAUGACCCAAACAACAAAAAUAAGGUUGCAACUCCACAAUAGGUCAGGGAAAAUACAUUUAUCAUCCAUUGGUUGUAAAGGCCAUAGAUGAUUAACCGAUACUUAUAAUCAUUGUCAAACCCUCUUCGAUUAAGUUAACCGAUACUUGUUUCACCAAAGCAGCAAGAUCCUCUUUCCUUGUAAGCCUUGGAAAUGAUUUACUUCAAUUUGGUACAAGCCAAAUGAACAAUCUGGUUUCAGUUGCGUGGGUUAGUCAGCAGCCUGCAGUUUGCUGUAACAAGAUGCCAUGUAUCCUCUGUAAACUUGCAUCCGAAAAGCAAAUGAUCAUGUGUCUCCAGAUACAUAGCACACAGCAGUUGAGAUGUCAAUUGUCUGUUUUAAAAGCGGGGUGGUCUUACAAAGAAUUUCAAAAUAGUGUAUAUAUAUAUAUAUAUAUUUAUCCUUUUGACUUGCAUUUUGUUGAAUUUCUUGUCAAAAAGUAAAACCAAGUUGAUUCUUCAAGCUCUGUUACUUAACACUGUAUAAUCGUGGUAGAAAAAUAUAUUAAUUAGGCUUUUAGUUUGUGCAUCUACUAUUUCAAGUUGUAUUUCUGGUGCAGGAAAUGUCUGAAAUCCCCCCUCCAUUUGACAGAUUAGUAUUAAUGGUUGUUGAUGGUCUUCCAGCAGAGUUUGUGCUUGGGAAAGAUGGUCAGCCUCCAUCUAAGCAUUUGAUGGAAGCUCUGCCAUAUACUCAGUCCUUGCUGUCUAACAGAAUGGCAAUUGGGUAUCAUGCAAAGGCUGCGCCUCCAACUGUUACAAUGCCUCGUUUGAAGGCUAUGAUGUCUGGGGCAAUUGGGGGUUUCUUGGAUGUGGCAUUCAAUUUUAACACACAGGCUCUUUUAGAUGACAAUAUUAUUGGCCAGUUUUUUAGUAUUGGUUGGAAAAUGGCGAUGUUUGGUGAUGAAACAUGGCUAAAGUUGUUUCCAGGAUUGUUCACAAGGCAUGACGGAGUUAGCAGUUUCUAUGUUAAAGAUACUGUACAAGUUGAUCACAAUGUUUCUCGUCAUCUGGAUAAUGAGCUCAACAGGACUGACUGGAAUCUUCUGGUUCUUCAUUAUCUUGGCUUGGAUCAUGUUGGACAUAUUGGUGGACGAAACAGUGUUUUGAUGGGCCCCAAACUCAAGGAGAUGGAUGAAGUAAUUAAGAUGAUUCAUUUGAGUACUAUUCAGCCUCGAGAUAAUGAUCAUGGGCACACACUUCUGAUGAUAGUAAGCGACCAUGGCAUGACUGACAAUGGAAAUCAUGGUGGUUCUUCACAUGAGGAAACUGACUCCUUAGCAAUUUUUGUUGGCCUGAGAAAUUAUGUCUCUGAUUAUGCGACAGCCAGCCAUAAGACCGUUAACCAGGUUGACAUUGCACCAACAUUAGCGCUUCUUUUUGGUGUGCCAAUUCCUAAAAACAAUGUUGGCAUCCUGGUUGCUGAAACUUUUGAUUCUUUGACAGAUGACCAACGACUUAGAGCAUUGGAAUUAAAUUCCUGGCAGUUGAUCAGACUACUACAUGCACAAUUACCUGAUUUAUCAUGUGGAAGUUUUUCUUAUGACGAUUUUAGGGAUUACCAAGGGUCUGGGAUGAGUAACUGCGAUGGUGCUGCCAAGGAGAUGUUUUGUUGCUUAUAUUUAAAUGCUGCUGCUCUUCACCAAUCCUGGAAGUCCAAAAAAGUCUCCAGGUCUAAUAGUAGAGAUGACUAUAGCAGCACUGUUUCUGCAUAUCAUGAUUUUCUAAGAACUGCAAGCGAGUGGUUAUCACACAGAGCAACUGAUAAACCUUUUGGCCUACUUGCUUCUGGAGUGGCAGCAAUGCUCCUAUCAUGUUUGGUAUUAUCUUGCCUUCUUUUUGGUUUUGGCCAAGAAGUUCACAUCAGGAAAAAGAGUCAACUUUCUAAUGCAAAGAACAAUAUUCACAAGUGGAAGUUAGAUGAGACUUUUAUUUUUGCCAUUGUCUUGAUCCUUGUUUUAAGUAUGGGAUCUAGUUCUAUGGUAGAGGAAGAACAAUAUAUAUGGUAUUUUUUGACAUCCUCAUUUUAUUUGGUAUUACUGCGUAAAACAGUGCAGUCCUUCACACCAGAAACUAUGCAACAUUUACUCAAUAUGCAACAUUUACUCAAUACGAUCAAUGCGCAAGGGAGAAAGAUCUAUAUUCAAAUAUUUUCUGUGAUAGUCCUCCUCAUUUCUGGAAGGAUUUUGAGAGGCUGGCAUCAAGGUGGUGUAAACUGGACUCAUCUUCCUGACAUUUCAAAGUGGCUUGAGCAGGCAGGAAAUGAUUAUGUAAAAUCGAUCCAACUGGUAUCAGGGCUCCUUGUGAUCAGUUUAGGAUUAUAUGCUCUAUGUCUAAUAUCGUCAAAGAGAAGUUUUUCUGUGGUGGUUGGACUCAUCUUUUUAAUUCCAGGGUUGUUGGUUCUGCAACACAUGUUAAAGUAUCAGGAUGGCGCAUUUACAGCAUCUGGUUCUAGUGCUACCUUAAUGGCACAACUAAUUUAUGCAAUUCUUGGUACCUUUUCAAUUGGGACAGUUAUUGCCUUACCAUGGGUUAUGCCUGUUCAGAAUCCUAAAACCUGCUCAGUUCAUGAUUGCUACUUGUCAAGUAAUGAUACUGCUGACACUAAAAGCAAGUUUCUCCUUGUGGGAUUUACACGUUCUGCAUAUGUGAUUGGGUGGGUAUACAUAUUCUGCUGGUGUCUUCUGCAGCUCUUGCUACAACAACCAAUAAAUUCAAUGCCAGUGCUGUUGCUUCUCUUGCAAAUGCUGGCAAUUAUUUGUUACUCUUCUAACAAUUUCCUGCAUUCAGAGCAGUGGGUUGAGGUUGCUGCGCUAUAUUAUGUGGGAAUGGCAGGCCAUUUUGGUCUUGGUAACACCAACACUUUAGCUACCAUUGAUGUUGCUGGAGCCUACAUUGGCCUGUCAAGUCACUCAACAAUACUUUCUGGCAUCUUAAUGUUUAUUAUCACCUAUGCUUCCCCGAUGUUAGCUCUUCUUAGCCUAGUGAUGUACAUCUCCAUGAAGGGCACGAGCUCUCUUGUGAAUCUCAGGAAUGCAGCGAAUGCUGAUUUUGGACAUUUUCUCAAGAUGACUGUUUUCUCUCCUUGCCUGGUUCCACUGGGCUUGAAUUCCAUUCUUUUGGUUGCAUACACCAUUGUAUUGCUGCUGAUGAGGAAUCAUUUAUUUGUUUGGAGUGUCUUUUCUCCAAAGUUCCUGUAUGUUUGUGCUACAACUGCUUGCGUGUAUUUUGGGGUAUGUGUUGUGGCUUCAACCGGAAUUUAUACUUGCUUGGUGUUUGCAUUGCGGAGAAAGCUUCAGGGCUCCAAUAGAGAUAAUUUGAGGGAGUGCACAGUGUGCCAAUAAACAUAACUUCAAUUGUCAGAAACAAAUUUAUGCCAGCUACUCUUUCCUCAGGCUUUUGGUUGGGUUCUCAAGCAAGUUUUGUAGGAAGUGAUAUAAAAAUAUAUUACAAAGGAGAAGGUAGUGUUUCUGUUAUUGGUCACAAAGUGCAAUUUUCAACAUUUCUUCUCAACUAUGGCUUUGCUUGGCUUUAUGUAUCAGUGAAGGGCAAACUUUCUGAAAUGGUUAACUUCUCAUUCUACAUGGCAUGGUGUGGUUCCAGUUCAGAUGUACAAUCUCGGGCAUAGUGGUAUGUAACCUAUGAUUUUGUCUGUACCAUGUUUCACAGUGUACCAUGUUUCACAGUGAUUUAUGCACGCGCGUAUGUGUGCAUGUGUGUGUGUGUGUUUUUUUUUUUUUGGGGUUAGAUUUAGAGUCUCAUUUGGUGAAGCAAUGUAAUGUGUGGUUGAGAAUACAAUGACAUUACUUGUAGUCAAUGCUGAAGAGGAUACUGCGACUAGAAGUAACUUUUGCAUUUAGGCUCCGUUUGUUUGGAUGUAAAAUAUUUUUUAAAAAAUAUAAAUAUUUUUAUUUUC